GACACAAAAACGCCUUCCUUGUUAUUGUCAAAGCGCCAUUGGAGGAGGUGGCUGCCAAUCCAAUGAUCCGGAAGAACCAGAUGACGCUCCGAGGCUGCCAACGCACUCAUGUAUGCGCCACCCAAUCCACGCACUCACGCUACAACACUGUAGUAGCAACACUUUCUCCCUGGACAACGCAUCUCUGUUUGGAGAGAAGAUAUCACACAUCUGCGAGACCGCUGCGCUCGCUGUCUCGAUCUGCCUUCGAUCUGCCUUGCGGUGCCAGUGACGCUCUGCCUGCCUGCCCAGAGAAGUGAAGCCAUAGGACCACAUAGGACCUCAUAGGACCACAUAGGACCUCAUAGGACCACAUAGGACCUUAUAGGACCAUAUAGGACCAUGGCUCUCCACAUUAUUGUGCUGCUGUCGAUGAUCUCGGUGUUUGAGGUGGCACUGGGAGAUCAGCCUGCAGAUGAACCGCUGGUCAGCAUAAGAAACGUGCAGCUCCUUGGAGGCUGGAACCAAGUACAUCCCGAGAAGCCUGAGAUCCAGGAAGCUGCUAAGAAAGCAGUGGACCACUUUAAUGUGGACUCCAAGGCCAAGAAGUACUUCAAACUGCUGGAGGUGUCUGCUGCUGAAACACAGGUAACCAAUGUGAUCAACUACAAGAUCACAGCCACCAUUGGGAAGACCAAAUGCCGCAAGGCUGAAAACGCCGACCUGGAAACCUGUGACAUGGCAAAGAAGAGACUGCAGUGCAAAUUCACAGUCCAAUACAAUCCACGCAACGAUGAGUUCAAGGUCGUCGCCACAAAAUGCAAGAGAUCAGACCGCAGACCCUCAAAGGACUCUGUGGAUGCGCCUGCCCAGUGAGGUUGCAAUGAUGGAUUACUUUUUUUGUAAGCUUGUUAUACUUUUGGUUACACUUCAUUUUUGUCAGUUUUUUUUUGUACCAUCAAUUACACAAUUGUGUAGCAACAUUUAAUAUUAUGUACUUAGGGUUUAGGGUCAAUACUCCGUAUGUACAGAACAUGUGCAUAGUAUUGCAUGUUGCUGCACAUAGAUACUGUAAAAAAAGGAACCGUUCAAUAUUGUUAUCACAUUUUUUCACUGAUCUAUUUUUGUACAUCUCUCAAACAUUUGGCCUUUGGGUGAGGGGUUGAUGUUAUUUAUUGUAUAGGAUAACAACAUGUUUUUAUGUUAGGGCUUUGAGGAUUGCAGGGUUUUUUUGGAAUUGUAUUAGGACAUAAUGUUUCACACCCACAUAAGAGAAGCACAUAAAAGUACCUUUUGGACAGAUCUUUUGGACUUUUGGGAAAAGAAUUAAUAAAUUUGAACUUCUCAUUCAA